UCGGCAGCGGGCGCGGUGUGGCGGGCGCGGUUGCGCGCGGCUUGGGGCGCUCCUGGCCGUAAAUACUUCUCACCACUGCAUGAAUGGACAUUUGAAAGUCCCCAUAGUCAAACACUUGCAAGCAUGGAGACCUCAUCAAUGCUUUCCUCAUUGAAUGAUGAGUGUAAAUCUGACAACUACAUUGAGCCGCACUACAAGGAAUGGUAUCGAGUAGCCAUUGAUAUUCUGAUUGAACAUGGGUUAGAAGCAUACCAAGAAUUUCUUGUCCAGGAACGAGUUUCAGACUUUCUUGCUGAGGAAGAAAUUAAUUAUAUUUUGAAAAAUGUCCAGAAAGUUGCACAAAGCACAGCACAUAGUACUGAUGAUUCCUAUGAUGAUACCUCAUCUUCAGGGACCUACUGGCCUGUUGAGUCUGAUGUGGAAGCUCCAAAUCUUGACUUAGGCUGGCCAUAUGUGAUGCCUGGACUCUUAGGGGGCACCCAUAUAGAUCUCCUUUUUCAUCCACCAAGAGCACAUCUACUUACAAUAAAGGAAACUAUUCGGAAGAUGAUAAAAGAAGCAAGAAAGGUCAUUGCUUUAGUGAUGGAUAUAUUUACAGAUGUGGACAUUUUCAAAGAAAUAGUUGAGGCAUCAACUCGAGGAGUAUCUGUUUACAUUCUGCUUGAUGAGUCCAAUUUUAAUCAUUUUCUAAAUAUGACUGAGAAACAAGGUUGUUCAGUUCAGCGUCUCAGGAAUAUUCGAGUACGAACAGUAAAAGGCCAAGAUUAUCUUUCAAAAACAGGGGCAAAAUUCCAUGGAAAAAUGGAACAGAAAUUUUUGUUAGUUGACUGCCAGAAAGUGAUGUACGGUUCUUACAGCUAUAUGUGGUCAUUUGAGAAAGCUCACCUCAGCAUGGUUCAGAUAAUUACAGGACAACUUGUUGAGUCCUUUGAUGAAGAAUUUAGAACUCUCUAUGCCAGAUCCUGUGUCCCCAGUUCAUUUGCUCAGGAAGAAUCAGCAAGGGUGAAGCACGGCAAAGCCCUCUGGGAAAAUGGCACUUACCAGCAUUCGGUUUCUUCAUUAGCAUCUGUUUCCAGCCAAAGAAACCUUUUUGGUAGACAAGACAAGAUUCAUAAACUAGAUUCUAGUUACUUCAAAAACAGAGGGAUAUAUACUUUAAAUGAACAUGACAAAUAUAACAUAAGAAGUCAUGGAUACAAACCUCAUUUUGUUCCAAACUUUAAUGGUCCAAAUGCAAUACGUCAGUUUCAACCCAGUCAGAUAAAUGAAAAUUGGAAAAGACAUAGUUAUGCUGGGGAACAGCCAGAAACAGUGCCAUACCUCCUGCUUAAUAGAGCUCUGAAUAGAACCAAUAAUCCACCUGGUAAUUGGAAAAAGCCAUCUGAUAGUCUCAGUGUGGUGUCCUCAUCACGGGAAGGCUAUGCAAGCCACCACAACGCACCCACCCAGAGUUUUGCCAAUCGGCUUGCACAGAGAAAAACCACAAAUCUUGCAGAUAGGAAUUCAAAUGUUCGGAGGUCUUUUAAUGGAACAGAUAACCAUAUCCGCUUUUUGCAACAACGAAUGCCAACUCUUGAACAUACUACAAAGUCAUUCCUGCGUAACUGGAGAAUUGAAUCCUACUUAAAUGAUCAUUCAGAAGCUAUACCAGACUCAAAUGGAUCAGCUUUAGGUGACCGAUUUGAGGGCUAUGAUAAUCCUGAUAAUUUGAAGGCCAAUGCCCUUUAUACUCAUUCUCGGCUUCGUUCCUCUUUAGUAUUUAAACCCACUUUACCUGAGCAAAAGGAAGUUAACAGUUGUACAACUUGCUCCUCAAAUUCAACUAUCAUUGGUUCUCAGGGAAGUGAGACACCUAAAGAGGUCCCAGACACCCCUACAAAUGUACAGCAUUUGACAGACAAACCCUUGCCAGAAUCAAUCCCCAAGCUCCCAUUGCAGUCAGAGGCACCAAAAAUGCACACCUUGCAGGUUCCUGAAAACCACUCAGUAGCCUUAAACCAAACUACAAAUGGCCAUACUGAAUCAAAUAACUAUAUAUACACAACCUUGUGUGUAAAUAAGCAGACAGAAAAUCUAAAGAAUCAACAGACUGAGAAUCUACUUAAAAGGCGAAGUUUCCCAUUAUUUGACAACUCAAGAGCCAACUUAGAUCCUGGAAAUAGUAAGCAUUAUGUAUAUAGUACACUUACCAGGAAUCGAGUUAGACAACCAGAAAAGCCCAAAGAAGAUUUGCUGAAAAGUUCUAAAAGCAUGCACAACGUGACUCAUAACUUGGAGGAGGAUGAGGAGGAAGUCACCAAGGAAAACCCUCCAAGUGGCACUACUACCAAAUCAAUUUCCAUUGCUGCUUUACUUGAUGUGAAUAAAGAGGAAUCCAACAAAGAACUCGCUACAAAGAAGGAAGUUAAGGGUUCCCCAAGUUUUUUGAAGAAGGGGUCUCAGAAGUUAAGGUCAUUACUUAGCCUUACCCCAGAUAAGAAAGAAAAUCUAUCCAAAAAUAAAGCACCUGCCUUUUAUAGAUUGUGUAGUAGCUCUGACACAUUAGUUUCUGAGGGUGAAGAAAAUCAAAAACCAAAGAAAUCAGACACAAAAGUUGAUUCAUCUCCUAGAAGAAAACAUUCUUCCUCAUCGAAUUCUCAAUGCAGCAUCCACAAGAGUAAGGAAGAUGUAACAGUUAGUCCAUUUCAAGAGAUAAAUGCUCCAUCAAAUGAAAAUAAAAGAACACCUUCUCCAGGUCCAGUUGAAAGCAAGUUCUUGGAAAGAGCAGGAGAUGCCUCUGCCCCAAGAUUUAACACCGAACAGAUCCAAUACCGAGACUCAAGGGAGAUGAAUGCAGUUGUCACUCCUGAAAGAAGACCAACUUCUACUCCAAGGCCAACGUCCAAUGAGCUUCUACGAUCUCAUUCAACUGAUAGGCGUGUUUACAGUCGUUUUGAGCCAUUUUGUAAGAUUGAGAGCUCUAUUCAGCCAACAAGCAACACGCCAAAUACCAGUAUAAAUCGCCCAGAAAUAAAAUCUGCGACUGUGAGCAACAGUUAUGGCAGGUCUAGUCCAAUGCUGAGUUACAACACUGGUGUUUAUCGCUCGUAUCAACCCAAUGAGAACAAGUUUCGAGGAUUUAUGCAAAAGUUUGGAAACUUUAUACACAAAAAUAAAUAGCUAUUAAAAUGCAAAAUGAAUGAGGCUAUAAAUAUUUGUCCAAAGAAAAUUGUGGACAGUCUUUGUAACAUGCCAAUAGAUUUUCCUAAGGACAGAAUUAUGGGUAUGAUAUCUAUGUUUACCAGUGUCCUCAUAUAAAGUUAUUUUUCUGUGUGAUAAAGUUAGGGUCUGCUGUAGAUAGAAUUUCUCUGUAAACACAUGAUUUGUAAGUGGUAGUGGUAAAAAUAACAGGUGUAUUUAAAUCAUUUUCUUUAGACUGAAGAUUUUAAGUCUCACUUAGAAACUUUCGUGGAUGAUAUAUGGUGUGUGGUGUAUGGAUUUUAACCAUUUCCUUUUAAAAAGGUCAUACUACCCUCAGUAACCCUUUAUAAUAUGUCUUUAUAGUAUUUUCAUAUCUUCAAAAAUAUAAGCAAAUGGGACAAAGCCUUUUUUUAAGAUUAAAUUCUACAGGAUAACUUGUUAUAUUUUAUUAAUAUUAAUUUUUCUCUGGAGCAUUGUACAGCUGUUUGGACAACAGCAGUACCUUUUAAACUUUUUUUUUUUUUUUUUUUUUUUUGGCCUGAAGUGUUUGCAAAGUAUCAGUCUCAUGCAGUAUAAUGACAUUCGUAGGAAUUUAUUUUCCUAAGCCUUUGAAAACGGUCUGGGAUGUGCUUCUCUCUACACUGGACCCAGGGAGCUGUCCCCCUCUUACCCAUAGGCUGCUGAUUUUUUAUAGUCAUUCCUUACUUCACAUUUAGAACAAACCAGUAGGAAUUUAGAAAAUCUGAAUGGAUUCCCCCUCCUUUUUCUUUUGUGUAAAAGCUUUUAGAAAUGUAAAUUUCUGCCUACAUUUUUGUUAGAUUGGCAUGACAAUGCGAAGGGGUCCUUGUGAAAAUUCUUGCUCCUUUUUUUUUCUCUUUUGAGAUGGAGUCUUGCUCUGUCUCCCAGGCUAGAGUGCAGUGGAAUGAUCUUGGCUUACUGCAACCUCUGCCUCCCCAGUUCAAACGAUUCUUCUGCCUCAGCCUCCUGAGUAGCUGGGAUUACAGGUGCACACCACCACACCUGGCUAAUUUUUGUAUUUUCAGUAGAGACAGGAUUUCACUAUGUUGGCCAGGCUAGUCUUGAACUCCUGACCUCAUGAUAUGCCCGCCUUGGCCUCCCAAAGUGCUGGGAUUACAGGUCUUGCUCUUCUUUAAGUUGUGCCAAAUAUGAUAUGACUGCAUAGUGUUUUUGUAAGAAUACCAUUGGGAAAAUGAAAAGUUGUACUGAGCUAGUUCGUCCAUGAUUUGAGGAUGAUAUUCAGAUUAUAAGAUACCCUUUGUCUUUCUUACAGUAAUGAAGUAUAAGCUCCAUAUCUGUUCCAGAGACUUUAACUUGACUUUGCUUCAUUCACAAAGAACAGAAUUCAAGAAGCAAUGCAUCCUGUGAGAAGUGUGAAGUGUUUUUACAUCACUUUAAAUAUAUUACUUAAUACAUUCUAAGUUGCUGUGUGGAGCAGUAUACUGUUGUUUUAAAAAUGCAAGAUUCAGACAAAUUUUUAUAUGUAUCUCAUUAAAAUAAUUAAAAUAAUGGUAUAAAAUAUCUAUGUCAUUAAAAUAAUUUUCCGUAGUGUUUAGAAACCAUACAAAAGAAAACAUAGCAGGAGAAAAUAUGACAGGAAAAGAAAACCUAACAAAGCCAAGAACCCACAGUUAACCAAACUAGACUGACUUUGUUAUUACCCAUUCUUUGUUAGUAUUGGAUGGGGAAUUAGGAUAAUGAGCCAUUAGGCAGUUCUGAAAUGGAAAGCCCUGAAAUUUAGUGCAAUGUAACUUUAAAAUUGAAAUUAUAUAAAGAGUAGAAGUUUAAUCAUGUUUAAUUACAACCAAAAGCCUGUUGCCUUUUUGUACAGAAAUUUCCUUAAUUUCAGGAAAUAUAGAUAGCUUAUGAAAACAUCCUUUUAAAUAGUUCCUGAGCUCUUCCUCUUAAGUGGAAUUGAGGAGUACAGAGUGCUUUAUUUCAUCAUCCCCUGACAGGUAACUUAGGCUUUUGCACAGCAGAUUUACUUUUCUCUGCGUUUUUUAAAAAUUGUUUUUCUUGCAUCUUUUUUCUUCAAAAAUAUCUAUAUUUGAGAAUAUGUACAUAGCAACUUUCCAAAGUCUCUGUGGCCAAGAAACUCUCCAGGGAUAAGACUGAGCAAGAGUAUAAUACUUCAAAAAAUGUACAGCUACUGUUUAAGUUUUAAACAGACACCAUCACAGUUUGUGGAUGAAAUAGUUUUAGGCCAUAUACUUUCUGUCUUUUUCUCCCCAUAUUAAUAUUGGGGGACAGAUCAUAUCACUUUGAUGUGUACUGAUAUUAAAGUUUGGUAAUGCAGUUUUUACUCUAUAUGCAAUACUGUACAUUAGUUUUUAAGCAGAAACACAAGAAAAUGGGUGUAAUUUCAAAGUAGUUCUUGGCAGAUGGCUACAGAAUACUGUAAGUGACCCUAUAUCCCGAAUACGCAGAUAUCCCUCUAUUACAAGUUUGGGAUUAGCCAUAAUUCUGACAGGGCGUGUUCAGAUAUGGGGAUAUGUUGUCAGUCUACACUUGUGGAAGCAAAUAUCUUGUUUAAUCAAGAUGAUGUCUAGUGUCAUCUAGAUAAAUAAUACAAAAAGUUUAAUUCUGGAUGAAUUCAGCUUUACUCAAGAUCCACAUAUUCAAGUAUCGUUCCACAGAUAUUUCUGUGUUCUGUGAAUAUCUGUUGAUUCUUAAUGUGCCUGUGGCUAAGGGAUGCAAAGUAGAAUUGUUUUAUACUGACUAUAUGUGUGACAUGUACAAUGCUUUUUUUUAAAAUAACUUUAUCAUUAUAUUCAGAUAGAUUCUGGGUUCUAGAAUAUUUAAAACAAAAAGGAUAAAAUGAUAAACCAAAGAGUCAACUUGUUAACUCUUCUUUUUCAAGAGAUGGGUUCUCGCUUGUAUGCCCAGCCUGGACUCCAACUCCUGGGCUCAAGCGAUCCUCCAGCCUCAGGUUCCUGAGUAGCUCAACAUUUUAUAUACAUACGAUGUUAUAAAGAAAUAUUCUUCCAAAUGAACUUCUGUUUUUAGAUCAAUAAAUGAAUAAUAAAUUAUUUUGUACAAACAUCAA